CCAACAGAGGAUGUGUGUGCUUGUAAUGAUCAUUUACAUUUACUUUGAUGUAUUUGGCAGAUGCUUUUAUCUUAAGCAAUUUACAUUGCAUUCAAUUUCAUCAGCUCUUGCUUUCCCUGGAUUGUGAUCUGAUCUGUUUUUUCUCUGAAUAUCUGCGAGACUGAAGCCAAUCCAGAAUGACGGCCGCCAUCAUCAACAUCACCGUCUUCAUCACUCUCUGUCUGAUCUCAGGUCAGGUUUGUUUCAGAGUGGUUGGAUGCUCUGGAGGGAGUGUAAUGUUCAAGUGCAUGAGCUCAAACCAGAGAAAGUCUUAUGAUCAGUUUAAAGGAAAGUAUUUCUGAAGAAACAGUGACUGUACGACAGGAAUCAGUACUGAGCUUCAGCACCGCUGGGUUAAUAACGGGAGAUUCACUCUGUGUGAUGAUGAAAACAGCAGAUUCUUCACAGUGUUCAUCAGGAACCUCAGCAGAGAGGAUGAUGGGAAAUACACAUGUGGAGACAAUCAGAAAUGGAGUCAUGAUGUUGAUUUAAAGGUGAACAGCGACUCUUCUUCUUGUGGGAUGUCUGUUAUCCGAUCUGCAUAUAUUGGUCAAACGAUCACUUUCAACUGUAAAUAUGAUCAUAAGUUUAAAACACACACCAAAGUCUUCUACAGAGUGAACGUGGAUCCUGUGCAUGUGCUGAACAGCUCUCAAUCAUCACAAUCAUCUGAGGAGAAGUUCAUCCUGACUGACAGACAGAAAGAUCAUUUUACUGUGACCAUCAGAGACAUUUCUGCAGAGGAUGGUGGAGUUUAUUUAUGUGGAGUGGAGAGAGACGGAUCAGAUAAACCACCUUCAGAAACAUCAAUUACUCACAUCACCUUCAUUAAAGAGAUUGAGCUGAAUGUUUAUAGUCAAAUAACUUCUGUCCAGGUUCAGGCCUACAUCAGUAAAUCAGUCUUCAUCACGUGUAAAUUUCCACAAGAAUUCAAAGAAAACAAGAAAUUCAUCCAGAAAGAUUCAUCACAGAAGAUCCCUGUUGAUGAACAGAAGCGAUGGAUCCGUCAUGAUAAAGUGCACAUUUAUGAUGAUACCAGUAAAGGACUGUUGAAGGUUUUUAUCAGUGAUUUAACUGCAGCUGAUGAAGCGACGUACAGAUGUGGAGUGAAUACUGCUGCUGAUGAUGAUCCGUUCCUUGAGGUCAAACUGAAGAUCAAUCCAGUGCCUCCAGUGAUCAGACGUGAAGGAGAUUCAGCUGAGAUCAGAUGUCCUUAUGAUGGAAACCACACAAAAGAAAUAAAGCUUCUGUGCAAAGGAAAGUGUUUCACUCAAGAUGCUCGAAAUAUCAUUCAAUCAGAUGAAGAUCAUGUUAAAAACCCAAAGAUUUCAGUAAAGGACGACACUGAACUCAAUCUCUUCACUGUGAACAUGACUGACCUGAGAGCAAAGGAUGCUGGGAAAUACUGGUGUGCAGUGAAAGAUGUGUUUAACCUUCCCUUUGAGCUCAUGAUCAUCAUGAAGGACGCGGUCACUCAUGAAGCGUCUGUCGGAGGAUCAGCGUCCAUCAGCUGUAAACACAUCAGGAAUCACAGUCAGAGGUUUUUCUGCAGAGGAGAUCAGCCGAAUAUCUGCAUCAGAGACGGAGUUAGUGUUUCAUCAAAUAACAGUCCAAAUGGCAGAUUCUCUCUGACUGAAGAAACCUUUACUGUGAAGAUCAGUGAUCUGAGAGCAGAGGAUUCUGGGAAAUACUGGUGUGGAGAGGAGAGUUCGGGGUCCUUCAUAUUCACUGAAGUUCAGCUACAUGUGACCAGAGGUGUUAAGUGCUAUAAUCAGGUCCCUGCCCAGUCAACACGUGAGAUCACGCGAUGAUCACAGUGACAUCACACCAUUCUCAUACGGUGAUCCUCACAGUGUGAGUAAUAUAUGAACUCAUUGUGAACUGAUGAUAACAGUGCAACCAUCACCUAGAUUCAGUAUGCACUCUUUGUGAGGAGUUAUUAAUCUAAAGUUUUUAAUAAUAGCACUGUAAUUAUACAGUAUAGGACCCAGCAGUUUCAUAACUGUUUGUGAAGGAUUUUAAAAGCAUGAUAAGACACAAGCUGAAAUGUUUCUCUGUGACUGAAGGAAACGUGAACUUUUUUUUUUCAUAAAAGAGUCUUUAAUUUUUGUAAGCAUCAGUUUGCCAGAAGACAAGAAUUAGGUAAUGCACAUUAAGCCAAUCGGUGAAGAGUGCAGGUGUGUGCAACAUAUUUGGAUAACACUUCCCAGUCAACAAUUUGAUCUCACAGUGAUCUCACCCUGAUCUCACAGGAUACUCAUGAUGAGGUCACAAUGUGAGGUAACAGUGAGCUAAAAGUGUAACCUCACAGCGUCCUCACUGUGUGCUCAUACUAAUGUGAGGUCAAAGUGCACUCACUGCACAGAGACUAGGUACCCAGCAUGCAUUGCAGCAUGAAGCUUUUGAUUGUCACCAUUGUUGAGAUUCAUACACUGAUUCUUGAUGUCUCUCUUUGUUUUAAAUGAGAGGAUAGUUAAUGUUUGUGUCUUAUGCUUUUAUUCUUCAUAACUGAUGAGACUGCUGGGUCCUAUACUGUGUAAUCACAGAGCUUCUAUAUUUAGAAACUGUUGAUUAAUAAAAUCUCACCAAGACUGCAUAUUGAGUGUAGAUGAUGACUGUGUUAUCAUCAAUAACAAACCAGUGUCACCUGGUUGCAGUCUCUUUUUGGUUUUUCUUGCCAUAACAAAUGUGCAAUUACAGCAGCCCCAAAAAUAUACAACAUUAUAAAGUCAAGGGUCAAGAGCCCAACUAAAGCAAACACUACUCACCACGAUGGUAACGUAUGUUUCAGUUGUAUCUUAUAACAGAAAUCUGUUAGCUGGGCGUGCACUCAUGAGCUCAUCAUGUGAGAGCACUGUGAUAUCUCUGUGAUAGUGUUGAGAAACAGGAAGUAGAAUGUAACACCGGUGACUGAUAUUUGGAGAGGGGUCUGGCUGCAGACCGUGGGCGAGUGGAGCUCCACUCUCGAACAGGAAAUACGUCACCUCCACUUGAAUUAAUCAAGAUGGCGUCUUCUUUAAAUUUUAACUCAAAUAAUUUUAUUUUAUCAUCGCUACAAUGGCGAACUGACACUUUUCUAACGUGCAGUGUAAGCAGAACGCACAGAGCUUUCAUGAAAUUAUGCACAAAAGGAUGAAGAAACACAAUGGAAUAUUUGUAUCCUAUAAAGACUGUGGGGCCACCAGGGAAAUGGACAACGGGGAGUGCUUUUGGGGUUUUACUCCUCAGAUGACCGCUCUGGCU